UCGAUUGCUCUUGCCUGCCCGUUCCAGGCUGGCCCCGGCACCAUCGGCCAGCAUCGAUUGCUUAGGCCUGCCGCCGCUGCCGCCGCGAUAUCUCGGCACAAAGCGCUUCGCCGCGUCUCUCCGGCCCGGCUCGAGCGUCUCGGCUCUGUCCGUCGGCCGCCGCUCUCUGUUCUGUACUGGGUUUAUCCCGCCUGCUCGUUUGAGGCGUUUGCGCUCGGCGGCCGAUUGCUUUCCCCCGGCAGGCGGGAGAGGCGUGCCGAGCGCAUCGCUCCGGGCCGGCGGGCGCGAUGGCUCCGCAGCGGCGGGCGGCCUCGCGCGGCCUCGGGGGCGGAGGGACGGCGGCCGGGCCGGAGCGCGGGGGCCGCCGCCACAGCAGCGCCAAGAAAAGCAGAGGCCAGCCGGAGUCACGGUGGUGGUGGCUGAAGGCAGCGUUCCUCCUCGCCUUUGCUGCUGCAGGCGGCCUCCUGGGCUGGAGGUACCUGAGUGCUGAGGAUGGGGUCACAGAGGUGCUGGCUCAUCACACCGAGAACCUACAGGACAAGUUCUUUGAGAUACCUUGCUCUGAGGACUACGACAGCCACAAAAGAUUUGAAGGCUGCACUCCUAGAAAGUGUGGAAGAGGUGUGACUGAUGCAGUGAUCACAAGGGAAGAAGCUGGAAGAAUCCGUAGAAUAGCAGAGAGGGGACUGUCCUUGGGAGGAUCUGAUGGAGGGGCAUCAAUUUUGGACUUGCACUCUGGAGCUCUUUCAAUGGGGAAGCAUUUUGUUAAUCUGUACAGGUACUUUGGGGACAAAAUUCAAGACAUCUUCACAGAGGAGGAUUUUGCGUUAUAUCGUGAUGUGAGACAGAGAAUUCAACAAAAGAUUGCUCAGGUGUUUGGUAUCAGCUCUGCUUCCAUGUACCUGACUAAGCCAACGUUCUUCUCGAGAAUAAACAGCACAGAAGCCAAGACAACACAUGAUGAAUACUGGCACCCACACAUUGACAAGGUAACUUAUGGCUCUUUUGAUUAUACUUCCCUGCUCUACCUCUCUGACUACACUGAAGAUUUUGGUGGUGGACGCUUUGUGUUUAUGGAUGCAAGUUCCAACAAGACAGUAGAGCCCCGAGCAGGCCGGGUUUCCUUUUUCACAUCUGGCUCAGAGAACCUUCAUCGAGUGGAAAAGGUUCACUGGGGCACUCGCUAUGCCAUCACCAUCUCCUUCACUUGCAACCCAGAGCACAGCAUUGAGGACCCAGUCUUGACGUAAUUCAUCUGGAGAUGGGACAUGAGGUCAAAUGGAAUGAGAGAAGCCCUGCAAGAGGAGAGGAAAAAAGGAAAGAACAUCUUGUGUAACCACAAUGCAAUUAGAAUUCCCCAACUGUGUUACAUUUUGCUUUCACUAAAAUUGUCCUUUUCCAUAACGUUGCAAAUGGUGCCUUAAAUACCAUCUUGUAUUUGCCUCCAUGUCCUAAAGGGAUAGGCUACAAAGAAGAGUCCAGAAUGGGCUCUUUGGGGGUAUUUUUCAUUAUUAAUUCUUGAGUUUAAAAGGUACAAACAACCUUUUGGUCCGUGUCUUGAUCUGACUGUCCACACCUGUUUGUUUAUUUAUGUGAUGUAGAGAGUUUGACCUAAGUUAAUACACUCAGAUGAGUUUUCUUUUGAACAUACCUUCUGUUGAGAGGAAAGUAUUCCCCUUAGCAUGGGUAUUAGUGGGCAAUACAGCUGUGGUUUGACUCCUGGGACUUACUUGAACUUUUAAAAAUGGAAUUACUCCAGGUAUUUUUCUGCUACAAACAGAAACUAGAUAAUAUAAAGGCAGAAAUACAAUUCUCCGGUUGGCUAGAAAGCCUGUUGCUUUUGGAUUGCAAAUGCUUAAAUCCCUUUGAUCAGAAUGCAGCAUUCCCAGCUCACCUUGUUUUCUUAAUGAAAAUGAUCAGUCUGCUGGUUGGAAGCCCAGUAUUAGGGUGGUUAUGAGCCCUUUAUGAAGGUGGCUUGACCAUGUAACCCUGUGCAUUAAGCAAAUAGUAAGGAGAGCUGAGCAGAGGUCAGUGGACAGUCCCCUCGAUUAUUCAUCUGAGCAUUCACCAUUCAUUCCCAGGUAGGACAGUGGAGCUUGGGAAGGGCACAACUGAGGAAAAAAAAAAGCUAGUUUUGUUGUGGUUUCCAUCUGCCACUUCUGGCCUCCUUACAAUCAGUCCUUAAACCCUGGCUUGCUGUUGGGAGGCUGCAUAACAAAACCACAGGGACCAGUGGACUCUGACACGUAGGGUCUGAGGGAAACUGGUGUCCCUGGGCUCUUUAAACUGAUCUGGUCUCAAAUGGGAGCUUGACUGUAAAACACUUUGAAAACAUCUAUUUAUUGGGCCUAAAUGUAAACAUAAGACCAUGCUGAAGGAAGCUCAAGAUUGUUGUUGACACAACUACCAAUCUCAUGUUGUGAAAUGCUGUUUUAUCUUGUCCAAAACAAGGUUGUAUCUCUCUGAAAGUCUCUUAAUAGCUCUUUCUGGACUUGUCUUUUUUGGAUUAGGAUGAAGACUCUCUUCUGUUUCCUAGGACCAUUAGCCUGGAGUGUUCCUUGGAUACUAAAUUGCAAGGACUUCAGGGAAGAGGAGAUGAUUUUGUUUCAGUAUAGAUAAAAUAACAAAGGCAUAACCUUGCCAGCUACAUUUCUUUCUUAUUUCAAGCAAAGAUUUCUUUUGGGUCAGCAGAUUCAUAAGCAAAUGGUAGGAAAACCUUCUUUUUUUCUUCUCAAAUUCUGAGGCAAACAUUGAAUCGCUUUGGUAUUCCGUGAAACACUUUGGAAAUCUGGGAAUAUGCUUUGAUUUUUCUUUUUUUUUAAUCCUGUGCAUACAGUUGUCACUUUUUAAUCUGUCCUUUUAUGGAAAGAAAUAUCAGGGGAUUACACUGAAGGUCAAUUUAAAGAUGAGUGAUAGCACGACACUUGGACAUACAGAAUUGUUUCAGAUGGAAAAGCCUCUUAAGAUCAAGUCCAACUACUUCUUCUAUUGUGAGUGUUCUAAAUUUGACACACCAGCAAGGGUAUAAGCUGGAACAUGAGAGGUUCCAAAGAAAUACAGGGACGAAUUUCUUCCCUGUUGAGGUGAGGGAGCACUGGCAGGGGCUGCCCAGAUGGGCUGUGGAGUCUCCUUUUCAUGGAGACAUUCAAACCCAGCUGGAUGAGUUCCCGUGUGCCCUACUCUAGGUGGCCCUGCUCUGGCAGGGGGGUUGCACUGCAUGAGCUUUCGAGGUCCCUUCCAGCCCUUGAAAUUCUGUGAUUUGUCUUCUAUAAUUUCAUUUCUUUGUUCUCAAACAUGGAAAAGGCUUCCUUGUCCCUGAUGGCAAGGAAGACAUUUAAAAUGGAUUUAAAGUGUUUGGAUGCUUGGAAAUAAUAAAGUCACCUGGGUUCCAUAUCCAAA